UUUCAAAGAGAAAAGAAGUAGAGGAGAAAGAGGAGACAGGGGAGGGAGGAAGAAGGGAAGAUGGCUAUCCCUCCACCACUAAACUACUCAACUUCUACCGACCACGUGAAAGAUAGGCAAAGUGCACACAAUUUUAGCUGAUGGGGUUUGAGAGCUACCAACAAAAGCAGAGGUUAUGGUUCUUCUAGAAUAACAAGGCGAAACCACUAUAACGGUACGCGGCCCAACUUGAAAUACGUAUUUUAAGGGAUACCACCUUGCUGGUUCACGUGAUUUGUUGAGAGCCCUCGUAUGAAACAUUUGGCCCGCGCUCUAGCUAGCCCUACCACGCAAUGCUCAUGAUGUAUGUAAGGAAUGCAUUAUAUUUCGUCUUAUUAAAGGGUACAAUUAAGAAGCAAAAAUAUGCUUAACAAUCUACUCCUACUUGUCAACCUUCCUUAGAUUUGUAAAGAAGUAAUUAAAUGCUUGCCAAGAUAUCACUUUUAUUGCUAAUUUUGUCAUCACGACAUAUUCGUUUAGGCUUCAGCUACUCAGCAUCUAUAUAAGGAAUACCCUUCGUUCCCAUCCGUUCACCUCGCCACCAAAGCAAUCUUUCCCUUUCAUUUGUGGAGUUCCAUAGGCUCGAAGCUCACUCGCUUCGCUAGUAGGUCGUUCUUGCUAAGCCGCCAAUGGCGCGCAAGAAGGUGAACCUCAAGUGGAUCACCAACGACUCGGCCCGGCGCGCGGCGUACAAGAAGCGCUGCAAGGGCUUGAUGAAGAAGACGAGCGAGCUCGCCACGCUCUGCGGCGUCAAGGCCUGCGUGGUGGUGUACGGGGAGGGCGGGGCCCAGCCGGAGGUGUGGCCUUCCCCGCCGGAGGCCAGGCGCGUCCUGCAGAAGUUCAAGGCCAUGCCGGAGGUCGGCAGGUUCAAGAAGGCGCAGAGCCAGGAGGAUUUCAUCCAGAGCCGCAUCUCCAAGCUCCGCGACCAGGUAUGCAAGCUGGAUCUUGCGAACCGUGAGCACGAGACCUCACGGCUCCUCCAUGAGAGCAUGGAUGGAGGUCGUCCGGGCCUCAUCUGCUCCAACGUCGAGGAGCUUGCCAACCUCAGGUGGAUGGUGGAGAAGAAGAUGGCCAGGGUUAAGGAGCUGCUCCAACAACAGAUCGCCAGUCAGGUAGCCCUCCCCAAGCAUCCGGCGUCAUCCUCAGCCCAUCCACAACCACAAGCUUCCCACACCGAGAUGCAAAUGCUGGCAGAACCAGAGGAACUCCAGCCACUGCAGCAGGACUGGCCCACGGACCUUCAGGCCCCAGCUGAUGGGGGGAUUGGGGAUGUGGUUUGCAACGCCAUCGCCAGUACCAGCAACGGCUGCGCUAGCCCCAGCAGCAACGGAGGUGACAUGACCCAGACUCCUCACAACCUGGAUUUCUGCUCAGGUUUCCCAUGGACACAGGAUGUUUUCCCUCUCUCCCCCAUGGAGUGAGAAGGUUGCUUCAGGCUCCAACCCCAACCAUCCAUGCAUGCAUAUGGCCAGUUCUAUUCGUGCAUGGUGAUCUGUGUCUGGGUCAUGUUCUAUGGUUUUUGCAUUGUUUCGUCUGGUCUGUUGCUAGUCAUGUAUCACUGUCGUCGUGUCUUGUCUUAGAAUUGCUCUCGUGUCUGGUGCUCCGUAGAGCAGAGUAGUUUAAGUUAUAGUUCAUAGAAUCAAAGUGCUGCUUAACAAUUUUUAUUUCAACAUGUAUGUUUUAGCAGUAUCACUUUUGGUUAAUUAGAUCAAUACUAUUGCUGCCAUCUA